GUAUGUGUGAAAGGGGGGGUGUGGUCUGUGUGUGUGGGGAUGGGUAGAGAUUGAAGGGACUAGAGGAAGUAAAAGCGUGAAAAACAAGACUGAUGAUGUCCCCAGUGCUGUGCAUGUCCUUCUUGGCCCUAGUCCUAUCAGGAGGAGCCUGGGCGUUUCCUCCCAUUGGGGGCGGAGCCUCCACCCAUGUCAGCAUCACAGAAAAAGCUGUGCUACAGAAGGUCACAGAGGUAUGCCGAGCCAUCGCAGAGUCAGAGGGACGAGACUUCACCCCCACGGGUAACUCUGCUGAGGAGCUGGUCCAGGCCUGCCUGGGACCCAAAGCAACAGGUGAAGUGUCAGCAGCUAAGUUCAAAUCUGCCCUGAAUGAGAUCUACAUACAGAACGGACAGGUGGACAGAGACUUUGUCAACAGCCCAGCCCAUCAUUUUAACUCUGAGGCGUUUGCUCUGGGCCGGCGCCUUAUAACUGAUGGGGUGGCCAGCAUCAAGGCCAACGUACAAAAGGAGAACUUCCUGGCUGCCAGAGAGACACUGGGGAGAGUACUACACACACUACAGGACUUCUACAGCCACAGUAACUGGGUGGACCUGGGAUACACUGAACCCUACGCCAACCUGAUCCGCCCCGAUCUCCCACUGGAAAACCUGGCAGAUGUUAAAACCCCGACCUGCAGUGACUGUGCCAAUGGGGGGUUCUGUUCCAACUCCAUCCUUCCUAACAUCCUUAAUGAGAAGAAACUCACCUCUGGGUACAUGGGGAUCUUGUCCUCAGCUAAGCCUAAAGGUAAGUGUAGUCAUGGAGGUGCAGCUGACCUAACCAGCUCCAAGGCUCCUCGCGGGGGCAUCAGCAAGGAUGAGCGUCGCUCUGACAACGUGGCCCUGCACACCGCUGCUGUCACCGUGGCAACAACCGCAACCCUCCGGCUGCUGGACGACAUCCGGGGAGCCGCCGGUGACAACAACUACCUACGCUUCAUGGGCAUAGCGCGUUCAUCAGUGGUUGUUUUUGUGAUCGACACCACGGGGAGCAUGAGUAAUGACAUCCUUGAAGCCAAGAGAGUCGUCUAUGAGAUCAUCGACAGCAAAAAGGGAACACAGGAUGAGCCCUCCCUGUACAUCCUGGUCCCAUUCAACGAUCCAGAGUUUGGACCCCUGAUAAAAACGACAAACCCGAAUGUUAUGAAAGCAGAGAUCGCUAACCUCACGGCUGAUGGAGGUGGAGACCUCCCUGAGAUGUGCCUAUCAGGGCUCCAGUUGGCGCUGACCGGUGCCCCUGCGUCGUCCAACAUCUAUGUUUUCACAGAUGCCGUUGCUAAGGACAUUGAAUUAAAGGAAACGAUCGUGGCCCUGAUCAGGAGCACCAAGUCAACCGUGUCUUUCUUCAUGACUGGUGAUGGUGCUGGUGCUAGAAGGAGGAGGCGUGGAGUAGAGUCCAGCGAAGCUACAUUCGAGACCUACAAGGACCUGGCGCUGGCGUCUGGUGGUCAGGCAAUCAGGGUCACCAAGGAAAAUCUGCCCCAGGCCACUGACGUCAUCAUCGACUCCUCCACCUCCGCUCUGGUGAUAGUCCUACAGCGAGCGAGGAACCCAGGCAAAGCUGAGACAUUCUCCUUCCUGCUGGACGAGUCUCUGAACAACAUCACCAUCUACAUCACUGGAAAGUCCCUCACCUUCACCCUGAAGAACCCUGCAGGUGUGACCCAGAAACAGAAUGAGGCCAAUGGGGAACUGGGGACUGUCCAGACAGUGGGCAACCUCUUCCGGGUCCGUCUGGCCUCCAACAAACAAACAGGAUUAUGGGAAAUCAGCAUGAACUCCAACCAGCCCUACACACUGAAGGUCACUGGUCAGAGUACCAUUGCCUUCAUUUAUAACUUUGUGGAGACUUUCGAUGGACCUCAUCCAGGAUACGCCCUCAUCUCUGGCCGUCCACAAGCAGGUAUGCCUGCCAUGUUGUUGGUAUCAGUGCUGGGCAGAAAGGGCCCAGCCUCUGUCAAGGUGGCUGACAUUGCCUUGGUGACCGUGUCAGGGUCAGAGGUCGUAGGCGGGGCCCUGGAAGACAUGGGCAAUGGGAAGUUCCUAGUUACGGUAACCAAGGUCCCUGCGGGGGAGUUUGUGGUGCUGUUGAACGGGACAGAUGUGGUCUCCUCCACCGUGUUCCAGAGACAGUCCACCACUCAGAUGUCUGUCUCCAAGGUUACCAUCAAGGCCGUGGUGGACAGAAGCAUGGAGCCUGGUAAACCCUUCACCCUUCCCUUCACCGUCAUGACCGAAGCCACUGGAGGCAGCUACAAAAUCAGAGCCAGAAACGACAGAGACUUAGAAAUGAACGUCCCUGGCAGCAUCGCUGUGACCACCGGAGGAAACGCCACCGGUGAACUGACCAUCACGGUGCCCGCCAACACACCCUCAGGAACAGACGUCACCCUGACCAUCGAGGCUGUGGCCCCCGGGGCGUCCGACUCCAACUACGCCGUCCUGCGCCUCUCUGUCGUCACCAAGGUGACAGAUUUCACCCCUCCCCAGUGUGAGAUGGUUAUCGCCUCGUCGGUCGACUGCCCAGCUGACCCAGCAGCCUGCAGCUCUGCCUUCUGGCAGCUCUCUGCCAACCUGACAGAUGGCGUCAAUGGCACAGGCAUCACCAGCCUCACACACCGCCAGGGAGCGGGCAGCCUCACCCACACGGACCUGAAGCAGAUGGUUGUUGCAGCAGCAUUCAACGCUUCGUGCUGCUCUCUGACCGUGGAGCUGGUGGCGUUGGACAAAGCCAUGAAUGUCGGCACCUGUCGUGUUUCCAUCGUCCGCAACGCGGGACCGCCCUCCAUCGCUCUGUCCCUCCCACUGUUGGUGUGUCUGCUGGUCUCUGCCUUCUUCACUACGUCCUUCACUAACUUACUUAUCUGAUUUUAACCUCAUGGACUGACUGACUGUAUGUUUGUUUUACUCCAUGUGUAACUCUGUGUCGUUGUAUGUGUCGAAAUGCUUUGCUUUAUCUUGGCCAGGUCGCAAUUGUAAAUGAGAACGGCAAAGAUCUCAGUAUAGUGAUGCAGGUCUUUAGAUGUUGUACACAUGAAAUUGUACCUUUCAGAACUUUAUCAAUAUUAUAUUCCUUUUUUUGCGCCACUCGAGACGUUUCCCCUCCUAUAUCGGGUGCUUUGCCUUAACUUUCUGAAGAUCAACAACGUUUUAUCCUUUCGACAGGAGGGGAUUUAGUCUUUCUUGAAACUUUCUUUAUUUCAUCAAACGAUGAUGAAAAUAGUUUUUUUUAUAUAAAUGACGUGAUGUUAACACUUAACCAUAAAGCUCCCCUCUACACGUGAUUCUAAAUGCCAACUGCUUGCUAAAGCUAUUUCUCAACUAUAAACACAAUGUUUCUUUGCAGGAUCCUUGUCCUGACUUUCCAGAAUGCCUGAAUUGCCUCGCCUUGAUUUUCUGAUUGGCUGGAUACAAGUUUCAACAUCCAAUUAUUUCAGAUCUACUAGAGUGCAAGUUUCACUGUGGCACCGUGGCGAUACGUUGGCACAUGAUGAUCAUUAUUAGAAUAUGACAAAUAUCAGUCAAGUCUUGCGUUCUAUUCAUGCUGGCUUUUGCCUGAGACGUGAAACUGAUCGGUUGGAGGGCAGACAGACGAUCACCAAUGUAUUAAUUGCCAAUUUGCCUAAAUGGUUAAUGGAAACACUUCAACCACAACGUUUUUAUUCAACCCUAUAGGUGUGAUGUCAUUACGUCCAUCUGUUUUUAUCAGUUCAGUGGAAACGCGCCGUAGCAGGUCACUUUCUAAAUGUCUACAAAACAUCACUGGGCAAGUUAAUGGAAACAUAGCUAGUGAUGGCGCAAUUGGGCAUCAGGUUACUGUAUGAUAUGAUAAGGAAAGCUAAUAUGUUUAUUAACACCUAUCCAGGUGUUGUUAGAUCUGGCAGGCAUCUGCAAAGUUUUCAUCUGGGAACGUAUCCAAGGCCACCAUGAAAAUGAAUGUUUCUCGUGUAAAAAAGAGCCAGCAGCUUCUCUCAAGGCAAUUUCUCAACAUGUUACUUGCACUGUAGUAGUGAUGUUUUAAUGUUUGUCUCCAGUUUACCUCUCUGGCGUGAAUAAAAAGCUCUGCUGUCCUGCUGCA